GGCUGUAAAACAAGUGCAAAAUUCGAUUUACGCUGCGAAAAGGGAUAUUUAAAGAAAAACGUCUUAGAUUUUGCCAUUAAAGACAAACGCAAUAUUGCGUUUCCGUGCAAUUUAUAAAAACAAGACUGCAGCGCUGUUGACUCUCGGAGGCGGAGGCAGAGUCAUCAUUCGUUGUCUGUCUCUCUCUGCGUGCGUUUGCUGGCAACGCGAAAAAAGUCGAAAAUCAGUGUUUUUACGGCAAACAACAACAAAGUGGCAACAGUUUGGCUGAUAAGGUGCUCAGAUCGUUGCAGCCCAUUCAAAAUUACACAGAGAAAUCUUUCUUAUAACGACCGUCCGCAAUAUCAUAAACACAAACACACACAUAUAGAAUCACAAAUAUUACAAAGUGUUGGACAACACCCCAGGAAUAUUCUCAUAAAUUCUCGUAAACUUUAAGUACAACGACAGAGCGACGACACAGCAGCAACAGCAACAGCAACAACAACAACAACACGACCAACAACAAAACAAAUAAACAAUAUGGCAACAACACCACGCAGCGGUGGCGCAUCGGGGGCUGCACAACGCCCGAAUGGUACGUCCCAGAAUAAAAGUUGCCAAUUCAAAUUGGUGCUGCUUGGGGAGUCGGCGGUGGGAAAAUCGUCGUUGGUGUUGCGCUUCGUUAAGGGACAAUUCCAUGAGUAUCAGGAGAGUACGAUAGGUGCAGCCUUUCUAACACAAACCAUUUGCAUAGAGGAUACGGUGGUCAAGUUUGAGAUCUGGGAUACAGCCGGUCAAGAGCGGUAUCACAGCUUAGCCCCCAUGUAUUAUAGAGGUGCGCAGGCCGCUAUCGUUGUCUAUGACAUACAAAAUCAAGACAGUUUUCAGCGUGCAAAAACUUGGGUCAAGGAACUGCAUAAACAAGCCUCACCGAACAUUGUCAUUGCGCUCGCUGGCAAUAAGGCGGAUCUGUCGAACAUUCGAGUUGUGGAGUUCGAUGAAGCGAAGCAAUAUGCCGAGGAGAAUGGUUUGCUCUUCAUGGAAACGUCCGCGAAGACGGGCAUGAAUGUAAAUGAUAUAUUCUUGGCAAUCGCUAAGAAACUACCUAAGAACGAUGGCGCUAACAAUCAAGGAGCAGGCGCUGGCAGAAGGCUGAAUGAGAACGAAACAAACCGACAGACGAACAACUGCUGCAAGUGAUGUCCCUUUGUAGAAAAUGAAAUUUCCAACGAGAGAUUUGAAAAGUUUCUGCUGAUAAUUAUAAAUAAAAAAAUUAUUUAAAAUUAAAAAAAAAAACUAAAGCGCCGGCUCAUGCGAGCAAGCAAUUUAAUUUUGGUGAUGAUGAGAAACCAGAACAUAAACAUAAUAUUAAUUAUAAAUUAAAGUUAAAAAGAACAACAAACCGUAAAAGGCAAAAGAAAGUUAGUUAAAUAAACCAGAAACACAUAACCCCCUAUAAAUAGUUCUAUGAAAUCAAUUGGAAAAUAUCACUCUCCACACCCACACUCUCUAUCUCUUCCCUUUCCAAUUUGCCUCUGUUUGCAAUUCCAAAACUCAAGCUACGUGCAGACACGUACUGUUGCAGAUUCAACUAACAAAAGGAACGCAAACUUUAAGAAUUUUUGAUAAUUAUAACAAACAACAACAACAAUAAAGUUAAAUAAAACGUAA